AUGGAAGUAGAGAUCAUUUCCCAAGAGAUAAUAAAACCAUCUAUCCCAACACCUGAUCACCUAACAAUCUUCAAAAGAUCCUUUCUCGAUCAAAUUAGUGGUAGAUUUCUUGUGAGAUUUAUCUCCUUCUAUCCAAGAAAAGAAACAAAUUUGACGAUCAAUCAAGUCACACAUCAACUGAAAAUUUCUCUUUCCCAAACUUUAGCUCUCUAUUAUCCACUUGCAGGCGUCUACAAGGAUGAUUCAUCUAUUGAAUGCAACGAUAAAGGAGCUCUAUUUGUCACAGCCCAUGUUCAUUGCAACAUCAACGAGCUACUAAAUCUACCAAAAUUUCAGCAGUUUCACAAGCUUGGCACCUCUUCAAAGUUCCAUGAAGAUGGUCCUUUCCAAGUUUUUGUUCAAUUCAACACAUUUUCAUGUGGUGGGGUUGCGAUUUUCACGUGUUUCUCUCACAUGGUCAUUGAUAUGACAACUAUCAGUGUUUUCCUGAAAUGUUGGGCUGCAAUUUCUAGAGGUUCUCAAGAUGAUCAAUCACCAGGUCAUCCUUAUCCUCGUGCACCAGCAAUAUCUGAUCUCAAAGUGAAAGGUUCCAGCAAGCGCGUACCGGAUCCUACAAGUGUUGAAGUUGUGUCAUCUUUCAUCUGGAAGCAUGCAAUGGCUGCAGCAAAGGUAGUAAAGGGUUUCCAACAGCCAUCAGUAAUAUUUCAUGCAGCAGAUUUGCGAAGAAGAAUGGUGCCACCUCUACCAGAAUAUUCUGCUGGGAAUAUUGGUUCUCCAAUCGUUGCAGAAUAUGAUAAGAUUGAUGAAUUGGAGGUAAAAUUUGGAAGAUUAGUGAAAAUACUAAGAUUGGCUAAGGAAAAAAAUAAGGAUGAAUUUGUGCCAAAAUUACUUAGUUCUGGAGGGUUUGAUAUGAUGAUUAAGUUUUUGGAAGACUGGGGAGAAAAGUGCAGUAACAAAGAUUUAAAUACUUACCAAUUCAGCAGCUGGUGCAAAAUAGGAUUAAAUGAAGUCGAUUUUGGCUGGGGAAAACCAAUUUGGACUAGUUUGGUAGGUGGUACUGAGGUAGAAUCCAUGUAUAAGAAUUUUGUGGUUCUUGUUGAUGGAUCAGAUGGUGGGAUUGAAGCAUGGUUGAUAUUGGAGCAAAAGGAGAUGGCUGUACUGGAAAAUGAUGGGGAGUUCCUUGCUUAUGCUUCUCCAAAUCCUGGGAUCAUAAUAUCUUAA